GGACAUUUUGAUCUUUACAAAGAUAGUACUUUUCACCAUAUAACCCACAAAAAUGGAGGAAUCUGAUGGAGUAGAACUGGCAAAGCAAAGAUGCAGAGCGGUUAUCGACAGAAUCGAAAGGCUGCCUUCUUCCACCAACAUCACCCUUUCAAGUCGACGAACUCUCCUCAAAUUGGCUCUUCGCGAACUCAAUUUCCUCUCCCGCUGCUCCUCCUCCACCCCUCUCAGCUUGAACAUUGGGCACCUCGAGGCCGUUGUUCACAUUCUUCAACACCCUUCUGUCACUGGAAUUUCACGCGUCUGUAAGCCGAUUCCGUUGCACCCUCGUCGCGUUGAGAGUUCUAAGGUUGUUCAUGUUGAUAUAAUCUGCAUUCUGAAUCGGAAACCAGUGUGGGUAAUUGUAUCGGAUCGAAAACCUAGGUAUGUUUCUUGGAACGAUGGUCGCCAUAGAAGUAAGGGCUUGAAAUCUCGACUCGAGGAAGUGGUCGAUGCGGCUCGAUCCUUUCCGGCCUUGGAACCCUGCUUGAUCAUUUUGUUCUUUGCACAUGGACUCGAUCACUUUAUUCUGCGACGGCUCCAAGAUGAAUUUAGGGCUGCUGAGUACAGUUUCGAUUUCUCGGAUUUCGAUUUCGGUUUCUCUGAGACUGAGGGGGAUUGGGUUAAUGUGCUUCCCAGAAGCUAUAAAGAAGCCUGUGUUCUUGAGAUUAAAGUUCAUGAUGGGAAUUGUGGGGUUAAGAGUUCAAAUUGCAACAGUGAAGCUUGUUUUACUGGUGUGGAUGAGCCAGAGCUUUUGGAGAGGAAUCUGAACAGGGAUUUGGGGGAUCCUUUCUGCUCCAUUAUUAUGGCAAUGAAGCCUAAUCCUGUGGGCAUGGAAGACAUGGAAUCUGAAAGUUUGGAAAAUUUGUUGGGUGGUGAUGAGGAUCUAAUAAACUUGGAUACAACUGCGUUAAUUGCAUUAGUAUCAGGCAUCAGUAAUGGUUGUGUUGCUAAAUUAUUGGCUACCCCAGAGAGUGAACUCAGACGGAAGUACAAGAGUAACUAUGAUUUUGUUAUUGGUCAGGUGAAUUUUGUUUGGAGAUCUUUUUGUAGCCUUUCAUCCACUGUUAUAUUCACAAGUUACCAGGUGAUGUCAGAAAUUCAGAAGCCUAUUCUUGUGGAGCUGAGUUCUCUUUUAUCUGGAAAAAGAGGUAUAAUAUGCCAAAGUGUUCACUCUGAGUUCAAGGAACUAGUAACAAUGUGUGGAGGGCCUAACGAGAAGUCCAGAGCAAACCACUUACUAAAGCACAUCAUGGUUGUGCCAGACAGGGCAUCGAAACGUAUGACGUGUCUCCCGACCACAAGAAAGUUGGCUUUGAAGAACAAGGUCGUGUUCGGUACUGGUGACUACUGGAAUGCCCCAACCUUGAGUGCAAACAUGUCAUUUGUUCGAGCAGUAUCACAGACUGGGAUGUCACUUUUUACCUACGAGCACAGGCCGCGAGCCUUAACUGGUGAUUAGUUUAUACACUUUUAUUUAAAAUGUGAUCUCUUUGUUCAUGCAAAAUAUAGAGAUUGCCGAUAGUGAUUGUAAUUGUUGGGGCAUAUUGUAAAGUUGUUUAAAGAAUAUCCUAAGCGAGAAAUUAUUUGAAACAGCUCCAUAUAAAGUAGUUUCCUCUCUUAUAAUCAU